UUGUGUGGGUCUCCGGUCUCUGUCUAGGGUCUCACUGGACGCGCAUGCGAGAAACUACACCGUGUAUUUAGUUGUGUGUUCUCUAUCUGUCAUGGAUUCUUAUAAUCGUCCGCGAGCGUACAUACGUGGUAAUUUAACAAUUAUCCACGUAAUUAAUACUAUUUAUAAAUUUAUUUAACUUUGUUUUAUAAUAUUAUUAUUAAUAAGUUACGUGUUGUAAAUUUAAAUGUCGGUGUUAGUUGUGUUUCUCAUAUUUAUCAAGUGUUAAAAAAUAAUAAUAAAUUAUUAAAUAUUAUUAUUAUUGUUAUUCAAAUAAUUCAAUUUGUUUAUUAAAUAAAUAAAUAUUUUAAAUAUCAACAAAAAUGAACGACAGCUCGAGCAGUGGUAGGAAAAAAUUGAUGGAGAAGGUGGGAAAUAAAAAUAAACAUUAAUCAACAAGGUUUUGGUAAAGAUCGGUGGAGUUUAAUCAGUGCGUGACCCAGGGCAGUGGGAAAACAGGGGCAUUUAUUAUUGGUAUUGGACGGAAGGAAAGCACAGGCAACCGGACAAUACAAAAGGAUAUGAGGCAAGUGGUGGUACUUGAGCCGGCUGGCAGUGUUCUGGUCAUAAGGCAAACAUCAUUGGGUCCAAGUGCCGUGACGAGUGUUACGACAACAACCAACAAUACUUCCAUUGGUGGCUGCGUUACUGCUGCCAACCAUCAUCAUCAUCAGCAUCACAAUGCCCAUGACAACCACCAUACCGUUGUGUCCAACAAUGUCACGACAGUAUCCAAUGACCAAAAUCAAAAUCGCAUCGUCGUUGUUCGUUCAUCUUCGGCUUCCUGUAUGACCACUGGGGAAAAUGGAAUUCUAGUCAACGGGAAUCUUAAUAACAAUGGAAACAUCGUUCUGAAUGGAAACAGUGUAAUAAAUGCAACAAAAUCAUCGGAUAUUGGAUCAAAUGUUAAGUCGAGUGAUCGUGGCGAUCAUCGAAAAGUUCUAGAUACGGUUUCUGUUGGUGGUAAUGGUGAUGUCAAUACGGGAAAUCGACAAAAAUCAACCAAAGAGAUAACUAUCCAUGAACAGCAACAGCAAAAGUCACAGUCUCAACAGCAAACCCACCAGCUGGGAGCCACUGGUGGAGGUGGAACUGGAGCUGCCGGUGGUACUGACGGGAAAACCGAUGGCGCGGAUACCAUUUCCGACGGGGAUCCAAUAAAGCUACCGGAAAACUUGGAGACACUACCACGUGCUGAGCACUUUCCGACCCAGAGGCACCGAUGGAACACCAACGAGGAAAUAGCUGCGAUCCUUAUCAGCUUCCAAAGACACGCGGAGUGGCAAAGUCGGGAGGUCAAGGUCCGCCCACGAAGUGGCUCUAUGUUGCUUUAUUCACGUAAGAAAGUUCGCUAUCGGCGUGAUGGAUACUGCUGGAAGAAACGUAAAGACGGCAAGACUACACGUGAAGAUCAUAUGAAAUUAAAGGUCCAAGGAGUGGAAUGUAUAUACGGUUGUUAUGUACACUCGGCAAUUUUGCCGACAUUUCAUCGUCGUUGUUACUGGCUACUUCAAAAUCCUGACGUCGUGCUGGUACAUUAUUUAAACGUACCCUAUCCAGACGGUGACGCUAAAUUGGCAGCACUACCGCCGUGCCUUGCAUUACCACCAGACAAAAAAGAAUGGACCCGUGACGAAUUGGCCUCGCAAUUGAGGCCCAUGUUCUUGGGUAGCGAUGAUGAUCCCAACAAUCCACAUUUAUCGCAGCAUAAUAAUCACCCAGUUGAUAUGAUUGUAACUCAAUUACUGGACAGACAGCGUGCAUCAACGACCACGUCAACGACUGGAGCGCAAUUGGCUCCACGACGAUUAACACCAGACAAUCAGGAUGAGAUGUCGCUGUUGACCUUGCUGCAGGUAACCUCGACGACUGGAGGCCAGCAGCCCUCGUCUACGGCGUCAACAGCGCCUCGCAUAUACUCAAGACAUUCCCACUCGACCCAGAGUCAACAGCCAGCACCUCUAGUUUUAAGUCUCCAACAAAUACAGGGUGGCGGUGGACUUUUGAUACUCAACAGCCAGCCAUAUCAUCAACAGCCACAGCAACAGCAACCGCAGCAGCAACAACAAACUCAGCAGUCUCAGCAGGUUGAAAUGCAGACUGUCAGCGAACAGACUUUGGUACAGCAACAGCAGACGAGUGUUGAUCGCGAACAGCAGACACAGCAGCAGGAUUUAGAUACCAAAGACUCGAUCGAGCUCACAACACAUCAGACAAUCAGUGCGUCUGGCAACAGCGGCAUGACGGACUUCGUUGAGACCCUGGACUUGAGUCAGGAAGACAUUCAGCGAACGCUUUCAGCAAAUAUGAUACCUCCUUCCCCAUCUCCGUCGCCAGCUGACAAUCAUAUCAUCAAUCCCAUGGACUUUAUCGACUCGUCUGAUGAUGUACUCGUAAAUCUUGAUGCUUUCGAUGUAUUCGGCGAUCUUCCUGAGCUCCAUGACUUUGAGACUGAGCACAAGGCGGAAGUGGACAGAACCGGUUCACAAUCUGACAGUGCUUGUCAUCCUGGAGCUACCGUCCAUAUUGCCGAGUAUAGUCCGGAAUGGAGUUACACCGAAGGUGGAGUCAAGGUACUAGUAGCUGGACCGUGGACAGGUGGUAGUGGUUCACAAUCGUAUUCCGUUCUAUUUGACGCUGAGCCAGUUGAAGCGUGUCUGGUACAGCCCGGUGUAUUACGUUGUCGUUGUCCAGCUCACGCCCCCGGUAUCGCGUCACUACAAGUGGCUUGUGAUGGAUUUGUCGUGUCUGACAGCGUUGCAUUUGAAUAUCGACGUGCGCCCACAACAGAGCCAAGUCCAGAAAAGGCAUUACUAGAUCGAUUGGCGGACGUCGAAUCACGUUUACAAGGACCAGGUCCACCCUCACCCGCAGUACAUCUCGAAGAGCGUCUCGUUACUUACUGUCAGGACGCAGUUGUCCGUCCAUGGCGAGCUGGUGCCGAACCUCUGCAAUCCGGUGGACCAACUCUACUACAUCUUGCUGCCGGUUUAGGUUAUUCGCGUUUAGCUUGCGCUCUUCUUCAUUGGCGGUCAGAAAAUCCUAGCAGUGUUUUAGAUGCAGAGGUCGACGCUUUGAGACAAGACGCUGCGGGCUUGACACCUCUCGCUUGGGCUUGUGCCGCUGGACAUGCUGAUACUGCACGUAUUCUUUAUCGGUGGAACGCGAUGGCUCUACGCGUGAGAGAUUGUCAGAACCGAAGUGCAACAGAUCUGGCUACAGAGAAUGGUCAUACGGAUAUUGCCAAGGAGUUGAAUCGAUUGGAAGCACGGAGACAAGAUGAGAGGCUCUUCUUACGACCGGCGAGUCCUAGCCCGAGACGUCCCUCACAAGACAGCGGUCUCGAUUUAACCUUGUGUGCUUCUCCGCUACUGGACAGGAUGGAAUUAUUGCAAGAGGAUGAUUCGUCUUUAGGCUUGGACCAUCAAGGAAUGGAGAGUACUCCAAGCUCCCAAUCGUCUGUAGGGGAGGAAGACGUGCGGGUGCUGACGUUGGCCGAACAAAUAAUUGCCGCACUACCAGAGAGAAUAAAGAGAGAGGGUGAUCCUUCGUCCCCCUCGCUGCCACCCUCGCCGCCAUCCUCAUUGACCCCGCUCGAGGAUGCUUUUAUGGAGCAAAUGCCACUCGACUCCGGCGAGCUUUUCGAUUCAUAUCGCGAAUGCGGAGGCGCGGCAUCAGUAUCCGACGUCGACGCGGAAGCAAGUCCGUCCAGUCCAUCUAGCAGCUGCUUGACACCCGACUCACCCUCGCCCCCGCCCACGACCGCCGACUUCUGCGAGUUCCUCCAGCUGCAGCUCCAACUGGAUGGCGGCAGCCACAGCCACAGUCAUCACCAGCAUCACCAUUCCCAUCAUCACCAUAAUCUGAAUCAUCACAGUCAAUACAAUGAUUACAAUGGUAACUGCGGUAACGAGCGAACUACCGACGGCGAAGCUGAUCUGAGUCGUCUGACGCUGUCCGAUCGCGAACAACGUGAGCUUUAUCACGCCGCCCGUAUGAUCCAAAAGGCUUAUCGCAAUUACAAGGGCCGUCAACGUCAAGAGGAAGCCGAACGACACGCUGCUGUACUUAUACAGCAGUACUACCGCCGACAUAAACAGUACGCUUAUUACAGACAAGCCACCAAAGCCGCACUGGUGAUUCAAAGCAACUAUCGUAGUUACCGUGCUCGUCCCGGAUCCACAAGCACACGACAGCAAUCUGUUCACCAGCAAGCUGCUCAUCAGGCUGCUAGGAAAAUUCAACAGUUUAUGCGACAAUCUAAGAUCAAUCUGUCGUGUGAUGAUUCACGACCGACUUCAGAACGCACGGGCCGCCGCAAACGCGAGCGGGAGGCAGCCAGUGGUCAUUUCACGGGCGGUUGCUGCCCCCCAAAGCUCGCACUCAUCUAGCCCAGGGGCCAGCCUAGCAGCCGGGAACCAAGAGGCAACAUAACAGCUACCAGUUCAACAAAUUCACAAACUUGUUCUACGACAACUAAAACUUCAACUCGUACAACUGACUGUCCAACUGAAUUCAGUGGCAAUCAUUCUCCUUCCAAGCAUCAUAAAGCUUAAAGCAAUUAUAUUUAAAAUUUAACUUUUAAAUAAAAAAAAAUAAAUAAAUAAAUAAAUACUUAAUUACUUAAAUAAAUAAAUGAAUAAUAUAACGGCUGGUUAAUGACAAGAGCAAUUUUUAAAAUUAAUUAAAUAAAUAAAUAAAUAAUUCCAUUUAUGGGAUUGCUUUAUUUUAACCGUCCCACGUCUCUCUGAGACGGUAAUUGCCGGUUUUUAAUUACGGAUAGCCUCUAUUUAUAUUUAUUCUACAUUACGUUAUUAAUUUAUUUCAUUAUUACUAUUAUUUAUUUACACUGUAAAAAAUUUACGGAGUGAAUGAUUUUUUAUUUCUUCCCGAAAGGGAGGUUUGGAAAAUAUUAUAGGUUGCCCUAGUGGAUCCUAAUUACGGUUAAUUAUCGUAUCUUACCGUAAAAUGCCGUAAAUUGCAGUAUUUCCGGUAAGAUACUGCAAUGCAACCGUAAAUUUGCGGUAAAAUAUCGCAGCAUUGUCGCAAAUUUUAGGGUAAAUUGCCGUAUUUUACGGUAAUUCUUCUGAGUGCCGUAAAUUACGGUAUUUUACAGCCAAAUGCCACAAUGUAACCACAAAUUUUAUGGUAAAUUGUCGUAAUUGUAGCAUAAGUUACCGCAAAAUGCCGUAUUUUACGGUAAUUCUUCUGAGUGCCGUAAAUUACGGUAUUUUACAGCCAAAUUCCACAAUGUAACCGCAAAUUUUAUGGUAAAUUGCCGUAAUUGUAGCAUAAGUUACCGUAAAAUGCCGUAUUUUACGGUAAUUCUUCUGAGUGCCGUAAAUUACGGUAUUUUACAGCCGAAUGCCACAAUGUAACCGCAAAUUUUAUGGUAAAUUGCCGUAAUUGUAGCAUAAGUUAACGCAAAAUACCGUAUUUUACGGUAAUUCUUCUGAGUGCCGUAAAUUACGGUAUUUUACGGCCAAAUGCUGCAAUUUAACCGCAAAUUUUAGGGUAAAUUGCUGUAAUUUAAGCGUAAAUUACCGAUUGUUACGGUAAUUUGCGGUAAUGGUUCUCUAUACCGUAAAUUACGGGAAUUUACCGUAAUUCGGAUUUGCUAGGGGGCCUUAAUUAUAAAAAAACCGAAGUUAAAAUCCGUAAUCACUCGUGAUUUUUUACUGUGUACGCUUAUUAUUAAAUAAAUGAAUAAAUAAACGCUUGGGUGCUUGUAAAUAAUUAAUAGUCUUCUUAAAAUAUUUCAAAUCUGCUUUAAAUGAAUAAAAAAAAAAUAAUAAUAAUGAAUAGUUACCAAUUAUUUACUUAUAUUUGGCACUGCCUCUUAAAAAACUUAUUAUUUAUAAUUAAUAAAUUUGGUUAAUUACGUUUGUAAAUAAUUUAAAAAUUGUGUAUUGUUUCAAUUAAGUAAUGAUACAUAUCAUUUAUUAAUUGUAUCAUAAUCUGUUGUUAAAAAAUUAUUUAUUAUUAAAUUGUUAAUAAUUGCGUCGAGACUGAGAGUAAUGAGAGGUAUCCACCGGCAUUAAAAUAAAAAAAAAAACAUAUAUUAAAAUUUUAAAAAUAAAAUAAAAUAAAAUUUCGAGACUGAAUUGUAUUGUGAGUAUUAACUCUCGGUGUAUACAAAAAAUAAUAAUAAUUAUUAUUUAAAAAACAAAGUAAAUGCGAUUGUUUAAGUUUGUUGUGUCGCUUGUGUAAUUUGUACUGAGACUUUUUUUUUUGUUAAGAAUUAGGUUAUGGUCCGGGCUAGAGGUUAUUUUUUUUCAAAACAAUGUGAAGAAAUUUUGAACAAAGUGUCAGUUUUAUUGUUUUCUCAAAGGGACUGAUGCUAAAAUAUUUAAAAAUUUAUGAUACUGAAGUUAGCAGACGUCUAAUAAUUUUUGGAUUUUUUUUAGACGAUAAACCAGAAGAAAAAAAAUAUUUGAAUAAAUUGCACCUGUAGUUUUUUCAAUUUUCUACAUGUGCAUAUUUUUAAUUUUUUUUUUCUUCAAAUUUAAUUGCUAAAAAAAAAAUCCAAAAAUUUUUAAUUGUUUGCUAACUUUAGGAUCAUAAAAAUUUUGAUUGUUAAAUUUUUUUUUUUUUUUUUAAAGAGAAAGUUAAUGAUUAAUAUAAAAAUUUGUAAUUAUUUGAACUAAAUUUUGGACAUUAUACGGAAAAAAUAUUCAAUUUAAACAUUUUUCAGUGAAACAAAAAAAAAUUAGACGCUAAUUUUUAAACUAUCGCUCAAAAUCUUAAGCAUUAAUGCAAAAUAUUGUCGUUAAAUUUUGAUUGAAGGCAUCAGUCCCUCCAGUACUUAAUUUGCGUAAUGAAUAUGAACAAAAAAACCAUUCCUAGUUGACGAAAAAAGGAUUGUGAUUUAUUAAAAAAAAAAAUAAUAUUUUUUUUAUGAUUUCUCAUGUCCCGGGUGCGCGAUUUAUUUGCGUGGAUGUUGAAAAAAUAAAUAAACGAGAUGGAAAAAUAUUUAAAGUCCCGAUGGGAUUUAAACGAAUGAGUCCAACGAAUUCGUUGAUAUUUAUGAUGAUGGAUGAUGAAUGAUUAUUAUGAACAAGAUGACGUUUUAAUGAGUGAUGAUGUUAUGUAAGAUGGCGUAAGCCAAUGAUUGUUAUAUUUAUCUAUCAAGAUACUGAGCUUUUCUGCUGUUGUAAAUUAUUGUUACUGUCAAUAUUAUUAUUUCAUUGUUAAUUAUUAUUUAUUUUUAAUUAUUGUAUAUAAUAAUAAUUAUUAUAAUAAUAAUAUUAAUAAUAAUAAUUAAGAGUUAAUUAAAAGUUUCUAAUUAUUGAGGUAAAAUUGUCGAAAUAUUUUUUUUUAGUCAAUCUAUUGUUACUUUUAAGUUUUUUUAUGAUUAAUUGGCAUUAAUCGAUUAAUAAAAUAAUUUUGGAUUAAUGAUUAAUGGACAAUUAAUCAGUCUUAUGGUUAAUAAAAUUGUCUAUUAAUGCGCUGUAAUUAAUAAUUAAUAAUUAAUGGAUGUUUUGAGUUAAUGAUUAAUUAAUAAAAAUUAAAAACUCAAUAAAUAAAACAGUAUUUAAUAUAAAAUUUUACCUCAAUAUAAAAUUGCAAUAAGCGUUAAUUAAAAAUUGUUCACUCGAUAUUUAAAUCUUCAAUCUAAAUAUUAUUUAUUAACUAUUUAAUUAUAAAUUAAUUAGAUGCUUUAUGUCGAUUCCGACGACUAAAUUUUUCUAGUAAAAAAAAAAAAAAAAUUUUUUAAAUACAAUGCUAUAUAAUGUGAUAAAUUAAAUAGUGAUCCAAGAAAGUAUUUAUCGUGCUCCGUUUACUUUAUUAACAAUAAAAAAAAAUAAGCGUUAAAAUUAAGUCAGUAAAUUUUUUUUUUUUUUUUUUUUUUGAAAACUGUUUCAACUAAAAAAUUUAUUUACGUGCAGAUUUGAUGAGAUGUAGACACGAAAGUUAAUAUUCUAAUUUAAAUUUUAUUAUUAUAUAUUUUAACAAGGAAGCACGUGAUAUAUAUAUAUUUUUUUUUUUUUUUUUUUUUUUUUUUCUUAAGUCUUUUCAUGCUUUCAAUGUACUACGGGUACUAUUAACUCGUAAUAAAAAAACUAAAUAAUAAUAAAUAACGAAAAGAAGGGAAACAAGAGAAGGAUAAGAAAAGAAUAAUGAAUUAAAAAAAAAAUAAUAAUAACAAUAAAUAAUUAAAAAGUUUAAAAUCGAUUUAGCACUUAAGCUCCCACGCUCAAUCCACGAUGUUCCCGCAAGCAUGGAACGUUACGGAACAAAAUAAUUUAAAAAUUUAAUUAUGACGUCAUACUCUUUGAUCGUCUUAUCAUAAUAAUAAUGAUAAUAAUGAUAAUUAUUAUUAUUAUUGUUAAUAUUAAAAUAAUAAAUGUAGAUAUCGAUUAUUAAAAGUUGUAUAGAUUAAUGCGAAACGCAUGAGGCAAAUAAAUAAAAUAAAUGAAUUAAUUGAUGAUUAAUUAAUGAUUAAUUAUAAAUAAUGAAAAAGUAAAAAUAACUAAAUGUAUACAUGAGUCAAUUCCAACGAGCAUUUUACAUGCCAUUAAGCUUAACGGAUUAAUUAGUAAUUAACGCGUGUGAGUAAUUAAUGAUUGUGUGAGGGUUAAUAGAAAAAAAUAAAUUAAUUAAUUGAUUAAUUAUAAUAAUAAUAAUAAUAAUAAUAAAAAAUUAAAUUUCUUCAAUCAUUGUUAUUUAAUUAAAUUAAUCCAUGCUAUCGAUUAUAAUAUUAAUUAAUAAAUUAAUCGAUAAUUAUUAUGAAUUAUAAAUUAUUAAUGAGAGAAAUAAUGAAUUAAUGAAUUCUUAUACAGACUUAUAUUAAUAUUUUUGCUUAUUCGAUAUUUAAUAAUCUAUUGAUAAUAGUUGAGCUAUUUAAUAGAAUUAUAAAUUUAAUAAAUUGUAAUUAAUAAAUUAAUUAUUAAAAUAAUGCCAUUUAAUAUUUCUUUUUGAUUUAAAUUUAUAAUAUUUAAAAGUUAUUAUUAAAUAUAUUAAAUUUUUAUAUCCAAGUCAAAAUAACCUCAGAUUUAUUUUAAAUUAUUAAUUAUUUUAUAUUUAUCUUCUGGAAAAAAUAAUAAGAUGAUCAUAUAUGAUCAUAUAUAUUAUUAUAUCUGAUACAAUUUUUAGUCUUAUAUAAGUAUGUGUUUCACAUAUGAUCAUAUAUUAAGCCAUUGACAAGGAUGCAGCUUUAUAUCUGAUCACAUAUGACCGUAUAUGAUCAUAUAUGGCUAUGCAUGAUCAUAAAUAAUUUAAUACUUGUACAGAUAUGAUCAGGUAUGUUAGUAAAAAAAAUUUAUCACCGAUAUAUAUGAUUAUAUCUGAUCACAUACAAAGUCGCUAUCGCAGUUGCCGCGUUAUAUCUGAUCAUAUAUGAUUAUAUCUGAUACAAUUUUUAGUCUUAUCUAAGUAUGUAUUUCAUAUAUGAUCAUAUAUUAAGUCAUUGGUAAGAAUGCAGUUUCGUAUCUGAUCAUAUGUGACCAUAUAUGAUCACAUAUGGUUAUACAUGAUCAUAAAUAAUUUAAUACUUGUAGAAAUAUGAUCAGAAACGCCAGUAAAAAAAUUAUCAUGAUCAUAUAUAGAUAUAUGAUUAUAUCUGAUUACAUAUAUUCAUAUCUGAUACUAUGUUUAGACGUAUAAAAAUAUUUGGUACGCAUAUGAUCAUAUACUAAGCCACUAGCACAGUUGUUGCGUUAUAUCUGAUCAUAUAUGAUAAUAUCUGCUAACGUUUUUAUCAUAAAUUACUUAAAGCCAGAUAAUAUUUGAGCAUAUAUGAUAAGAUAUAACAAUAUGAAAAAUUGAUUUUGAUCAUAUAAAAACAUAUAUGAUCAUAUCUGCUAUAUAUGAUCAUAUAUGAAAUCGCAGGUAUCAUGCAGCCUCAUAUGGUCAUAAAUUAUCAGAAAUGAUUAUUUUUUGUAUCUGAUCAGAUAUCGGUAGUCAUAUAUGAUCAUGUUUUAGUAUUUGAUUCCAGAUAUUGAUGAUUAAUUAAAAAUAAUGAUUUUUUAGAAAAAAUUAAUGAAUAAUAUUAAAGUCAGAACUAAAUAAUUUUAAAUAAAAGAAAAGACUUAAUAAUAAAUAGGACAUGUUUUAAUGAGGUUAUUUAACUUCCGGUUUAUUAAUAUAUAGUUAUCUCGACUAUUGUCAGAUAAAACUUGAACCUGAUAAAUUAAACUAAUUAAUAAAUUAAUAAUAACAAAAAAAAAUUAAUGCAGUAUUUUUUGAAGCACUUGGAUGUUGCUUUUAGUUUUUCUUGAUAAAUUUAAAAAUAAAUUUAUUAAUUAUAAUUAAUAAUAAAAUAUAUUAGUAAGAAGACGGAUAUUUAUUAAUUAAAACUUCAGCUGAUUAAUUAAAAAAAUGUUUUAAAAAACCAAAAAAAAAA